UGCGCUCUCAGUUGGCCAAACUGAUAUCAAUUUCUCGAAAAAAGUUCACGAGAGACAUUUUCAACUAAAAAAUAACAGGUUGGAGUGACGAGCGAAGGGUGUUUCUUGUUUAUUGAGGAUGUUUCAAGUAAUUAACAAGAUUUGAUAAUAGCCGUGUUGGUGUAGUGAUAGUAAACGUCACGAGAAGACUAAUUGCCAUCAAAUUGUUCAGGUCUUAAUAUGCUUAGAAGAUCCAUCAAUACGUGAUGUAACUCUAAUCAGAUAUUUUUAUGUACCAAAUAUAUCGACGACAGUUAUCCUCGUUAAAGUGAUUGAUUAAUAAUAGGAAUCAGUUAAUAAAACCUACAGCAGUUAUUAGACCAAUAUCAGAAAAAUCUCCCAAGAUGAUAACGAGAUUUCAUCCUUCGCAUGGUGAGAACAUAAUACUGUGCGAUGACAGCACAGUAGCAUUUCGCAAAGCAAGUUUUGCGAAUGCUCUAACUUUCAGCGAGAAACCUUUGUUACCUGGUGAAAUAUUCCUACUGGAAAUUGAAAAAGAUGAAAGAGGAUGGAGCGGACACAUGCGUCUAGGUCUCACACAAAUGGAUCCUUAUACAAUGGAUAGAAAUGGCUUACCACAAUACGCACUACCUGAUUUAGCUAAUAUGGGGGCAAGCUGGAUCUUUGCUAUUACCAAAAGUAACAACAAUGUCUGGGACAAUUUGAGCAAUCCUGGGGAAAAGAAGUUUGCAUUGGAGCAAAAGCUGGUCACUGAUGGUAUGAAUGUACAAACUUCUCGAGGCAUCAUUCCAUUCAGUACUUUGAGGCCUUCGACCGUUGAUUCAUCUCAGAAUAUACUUGCAACGGAUACUGGUAGUCGAAUAGGAGUUAUGUUUGUCCCUCAGACUGGAUCAGAUAAAGCAGAGAUGCAUUUCAUUAUCAACGGUGAAGAUCAAGGUGCCUGUGGAAAAGACAUCCCAUACAAAUCUGGACCCCUACAUGCUGUUGUUGAUGUCUAUGGAUCUACAAAGCAAGUCAGGAUAGUGCAGCUUUAUGGAGUGUCCACGUUACAGAGUGCCUGCCGCGACGCUAUUAUGCAAUACACAACGAGAACGGCAGUCGACUCUCUGCCUUUGCCAAAGCAGUUGAAGGACUAUCUUUUGUACCAAUCGCAAUAAGCUUUGGAGCAUAGAAUUGUAGGCCCACAGAAUUACUACAAAAAGUUUGCGCUUCAUACAGGAAAAAAAUAAUCAACUAAACUCUUUAUUUCUUUAUUUUUGCAUUUUUUUUUUCUCGUCUUAGGCUGUGCAUAAUCAUUCAGCUUUUCAAUCUUCUUAUGCAAAAUUUAUUUUGGCGCGUGUACAGUUGUGAGAAGAACAUCGAACGUAAGAGUUACCUGAGUUUUGUAGGUACUGAAUAAGCAUUAAACAUGUUCGAGUCUUGUGAGGAUUUGCACACAUCCCAAUAUUGCUAUAAACUAAGGCAUUACUUGUUCUUAUACAACGAAAAUUGUCAAUAACUUCAAUUUCCUAAAGUUGUAUGAUUUAUCAUAGUAUUGAAAGAUGUUAAAUAGGUAGUACAUUAUGCAACAAGGGAAUGAAGCUACAGUUUAUUCGCGUGGGGCAGUAUUCACUCGAGGGAAUUUUGGGGAAGGGCAGUAAGUCCGAGGGAAUGAUUAGCUUUAUUCCUGCGUGGCAUAUACGGCUUUAUUCCCGACUCAACUGUAAAGACCACUUUUCGUCCCGCUAAUUUACUUUUCUUCGUAAUAUUCGGGAGAACAGUAUCGUACGGAAUCAGAUUCAACUUUAGUCCCACCUUUCAGGUCAAAAAAGUUGUCUUUAAGGUUGAGUCGGGAAUAAAAUAAUUAAUUUUUCUGAUAGAUGAUUCGAAAAUAUCAUUCAUAAAUUUAUAUACGUCCAGAAUAUACGUGAAAUAUAAGUUAUAAACGAAUAUUCUGCAGGAUUAAGCAUCACAAACUCUUAGAAAUUAGUUCGCGUUUUACACUGAGAUCAUUUUCUAAACAGAUCGAACUUUUAUAAUACCGCAAAAUCUGAAGCUGUAUUUAAUUUUUUUUUUUUUGUAUAUAGUGUAAUAAAAAAAAGAUUGUUUAGCUGGAGGAAAAAUCUCAUGAAAUACACUAUCGCGAAUUGUAUCGCUGAAUUUAUUGGUGGGCACUUUAAAUUAAAGUGUGAGCGAGAAUAGCCGGCGUACGUAAUUCUAUCGCAAUUACUAAUCAUUGCGUUAUUGUUCAUAUUAUUGAGACUUGAGGUAUAUUGUAAAAUUGGCUACUACCAUGUGCUAAAACUGUAUAAUAUAUUCGUUUAAUACUAAAAAAAAUAAACCGUUUGCUUAAAAAAAAAA